AUGCACGAAAAGGAAGAUGAUGGUGAAGAGGAUAAUGACCAUCUGUUGGAAGAAGAUAAAUACGGAAGAUUGAUUUGUCGAAAGACAAGAACAGUGUAUCCACACGGAGAAAAGUUAACACGAGAGAAUGUAGAGGAGGCGUUCAACGAAGAAUCUCCAGCUAUUAGUUUGUCAUCGGAAGUGUUUUCGGAUAGAGAGAUAACUGUGAAUUCCAAUUCACCGUUAACACCAAACCCUAAACUUUUUAUCGGUGGGGCAACUGAGACUGAGGCGGAGAACAUGAUCGGAUUUUGUGGAUUCGUUGUUUACUAUCGUAUGCCAGAAGAUGGAACGAUGCAGUUUUCUCUUCCAUUGAUGCUGGCUUACAGAUCGUCCCAAGGGGAUCAUUUCCACUUCCCCAUCAGCCAGAGCAAACACUAUGAUUCUUAUCGAAAAUUGAACAGAAGUAUGUUUCGAGUGGAAUGUGACGACGUUUCAAUUCAUUCUAGUGACCACGGUAGAUUGGUUCCUGGAUUCUUCUCACUUGCUGCUCUUAUCAAACACUACAAAACGUUUGCAUACCAUGAUACUGAAAAUGGUAUAUUGGAGACAUUUCCAAUAAGCUUGAUCAAUAAAAAACGAAAGUAA